AGCUUGACAGCCUAUUUUUUAUUUUUUCCUUCAUUGGCCAUACUGUAAUCCUCUUCCGCGUUUGAAACAAAGAUCUUCCUUCCUGAAGCGACAUGGCGCUGGUUGUGUUUCUGUUAUUUUCUCUGCUACAAAUACGUAAAACGCAAGGGUCUGCAGCAGAGAGCAAGUUUGUCAAGCUUGGAGCUGAUGUCGGUUUGGAUGUAAAGAAGCCUGUAGUUUUUACGCCGGACGGAGACCUCUUCUUUUGGAAGUUCAAUAGAAGUUUGGACAUUUUUAGAUCAGACAAAAAUAAAACAAACACAAAAAUAUAUUCCACCUACCACGGAAGAGUAGUGGUACUCAAAAACUUUUCCUUUGUAUUAAAAAAUGUACAAGAGCCGGACGCUGGACUUUACACUGCAGUACUCAGUGGUAAUGACAAUAAGCUGGCUGAAUACAAACUUCACAUUCAAGCCGCAGUAUCUCCCGUCAAGCUGGAGGUGGUGUCACUGUUUGCCGACUCAGACUCAUGUAACUUGACGGUGACCUGUCGGACCAACAAAGCUCACCUCAACGCCACGUUUGAAUGCCGACAUGCUAACUGCACUGCACAGGAUGGAGGCGAGCUGUCAAAUGCAGAUUGGCAUCUCGCGGCCUUCAUCUUAAAUUCCUCUAUCGUGUGCCGGCACAGCAACCAGGUUAGCGAGAUGAAGGAGGCAAAGGCUCUUCAACAAGUCUGCCGGCAACAUGUACCCAAAGAAAUCUCAAGCUUUACCUGGAUCUGGAUACCAUUAGUAUUUGGCCUUGCCCUUGGUCUUGCUCUUAUAAGAUUUGCUUUAAGAAGAAGAGAAAGACAGGCCACCAGAACACCUGAAGGAUGUCAAGAGAUCAACCUGGAACCAAAUGUGUAUGGCAAUGAUAUCGAUAAUGGCACUAGUCCGAACUCUACCUACUCUUUGGUGGGACAUCACAAAGGACCGAGUGAGACCAUGUACGCUCAAGUUCUGAGACCUGCGAAAUUACCUAAGAUGCUGGAAGCGGACCCCAUGCAGGUCACAGGGCAGAACAACAACCCGCUAUUGGCAUUGUAACUACUGCUGUGAAACGAU